AUGGCUCGCAGGUUCAUGUCCGCUACAGUUGUGACUGAACUGGCUCGGGACGCCGCGCGAACCCCGCCUCCAACCGAUGAUGCUCAGACAUACUUUGAUCAGAGUCUAGUUAUCCUCGGACGAACAUUCGAGGUUCAAAGACGGGAGAUGCAAAGUCAGCUUCAAACCCACAAUGGCUCCAUUUUAGACCAUAUAAAUGGGUUGAGGCGAGAUGUGGACGAGCGUUUUCGAGAGGUAGAGGCAAAGAUGGACCAGCGUUUUCGAGAGGUGGAGGCAAAGAUGGACGAGCGGUUUCAAGAGGUAGAGGCAAAGAUGGACGAGCGGUUUCAAAAUGUGGACAAGCGUUUCCAAGAUGUGGACAAGCGUUUCCAAGAUGUGGACAAGCGUUUUCAAGAUGUGGACAAGCGUUUUCAAGAGGUAGAGGCAAAGAUGGAUGCGGGGUUCAAAAGAGUGGAAGUCAUGCUUGAGAAUGAGAGAGCAAUACGAACAAACAGCACUCUUCGCCGAAUGCAUCAGCCCAUCAAUCUCGUUAAAGUUCUCAAGCCCACCGGCCCCGACACUGUUCAAUGGCAAUCCCAUCCCAGAUUUCCCAAACACAUGAAAGGCCUCUACCGCCUUGGUCAGCAGGCAAAGGAUGAAGCUAACGAUCGCACACCAUACAGGCGGCAGCAGCAGGAAGCUCUCAGAACCAUCCGCGAACUAGCUGCAUUUUAUGAGGUGGUGGUUUACUCAGAUGAGCAGAGUGAGAGUGAGGGAACAGAGGUGGAUGUCCAAGCGGAUGUGGAUGCGUAUAUGGAGAUUCUCCUAGAUAAAUGGGGAAUGGAUUGGACAAAAGUCUGUGAAAUUGCACAGAGGACUUUGAUGCUACAGCAGGGGCAUGCAGGCACAAAACGGCCUGGGAACCCAAUUGUUUAAGAAUCAAUGAGGCGUUCCAAGUAUUCUGGUCUUUCAGCUCAAGCUGGAGCACUCCUCAAGGAUCGUCAUUAUUUAUGGCCUUUCUGUUGAUAUUAAGCGAUGGUCAUGUGUUCAUGCUUGUUGUGUUUUUCUGCAUGCGUUCUAGCAGAGGCAGAUAUAUAUUAUAUACAGAUACAUGUAUGAGUUUCAGAUCUCUUACAUGCGUUUCAACCGCCGUGAUCCUCAACACUUUCACCCAGCAUUGUGCCAUCCCGCAAUGCGUCAUGAUUGAGUUUUGAGUGAUCUGAAAAGAGUCCGGAAGCUGGAGUGUCUUCUAGCUCGCAGGCAGCAAGCAUCAAUUGACUCACUAACAAGUUGGCUCGAUAAG